AUGGACGGUGCUUUACCCGGCAAUGCGCAUUACAUAAGGAGGCCCUCCGUCUACUCCCGAAACUUCCACAAGCCAGAGGAGUGUUCCGCCUGUUAUAGGAACUAUGGGGAAGCUGUGAGACGGCCUCGCAGCCUCCCUUGUGGGCACACAAUAUGCUCAGAAUGUAUUGACAAUACUAUUAAGGACGACAAGCUCACCUGCCCCACCUGCCGUAUGCAACACAGUGCAACAUCUGCAACUGUGUUCCCAAUAAACUUUUGUGUCGAGAACUUGGUUGGGAAGCUUAACGAGACCAACAUGGAGUUGCAGUCCAUGUUGCAUGAGAAGACCAGCAUGAAGAACCUCAUUACAAGUUGUGAGGAGGCGCUGAACAAGCUAGGAGGGUACAGGGGUCGACUGAGGGACUGGAAGACUGAACACCUACAGCUACAGGACCGGCUGGUGGGCCUCAACACUGCUACAGUGAGUCUCCUCGACCAAGAGGAUUGCAGUGUGAUGAAGUAUGUGAAUAAAGGAGAGGAAGUAAAUAAACAACUGGAGAUAAUGUUACUAAAUAAAGUCAUCAACGCUCACGACGUGAGCAUCGCGACAGGCAAGGCCAAACACUGGCUCCAGGAAUGCGAGCAGCUCUUCCCUGACCCAAACACUGUCUACACUUCAAUGAGGGUUCAGUUGAGAUAG